CGGGUUUUAGAGGUCACGUGGUGUUUGUGUGGUGCGUACGCGGCGCAACUGGAAGCGAAGAUGGCGGACGACGAGGAGGCCGAGCAGGAGCCCCGCUGCCAGAGCCGCAGUCCCUCCGUCCUGCGAGCGCUCUCGGCCCGGCUGGAGGGUUUAUCCGCGGCGCUGAGGAGCAGCGCGGAGCCUGCGGGGGAGCAGGAGCAGGAGCAGGAGGAGGCCACUGCACAUUACUGCCGGGCUUUCUGUCAGACCCUGGUGGAGUGUGUGAGUGUGUGGAGGUCGGAUGAGGACCCGUGGCCCGUGUUGGAGUGUUACCGUGUGGCGUUGUUGAGUUUUGCGCGAGUGUCGGCGCACCUCUCCGUCCUGAGCGAGAACGUCAGCGUGGUUCUCGAGAGACUCUCACUGAGCUGUGUGGAGCUGCUGCUCUCCAUAACUGAGGGUUUUCCAGAUGCAUUGUGGGAACAGUUUCAGUCCUCCAUACAGAUGGCUCAUGCGCUGCUGCGGGACAAUGGCGUCACUCAGCUGCAUCUGCUCUCCGCAGCCACCCGGGAGCGAGGGAUGUGGAGCAACAGCACACUACAGAGCCUUCUCAGAAACGAGAUGCCUCCAGAAGCAGAAGUGCGCGAGUUCCUGGCGCGUGAAGGUCCGGACCUGCUGCAGCUCAGGGUGAAGUACCUGAUUAAAGAGAGCUCCAUGGAGAGGGCGGCGCUGCUGGCUAAAGCCUGUGCUGAUUUCCGCGAGUUUGAAGGAAACAGAGGACACUUUAAACAGAGCUACCUCGUGUGUGUGUGCUCUUUCGCACCACAGGAGAUGCUCAUGGAGGAGCUCUCCCAGGUGGACUGUCGUGAUGCUCUGGAGAUGAUCUGUAACCUGGAGGCAGAAGGAGAUGAGAGAGGAGCGUUCACGCUGUGUUCAGGCUUCCUGACCCGACAGCUCCUGCAGGAGGACACGUACUGCGCCUGGGAACUGACACUUUUCUGGAGUAAACUUCUGAAGCGAUUGGAGUCUUCAGAACAGAACUUUUUGGAUAAGUGCCAGAAGAUGUCUCUACUCGCCAAAACUGUGUUCCACCUGCUAUUCUUUAUUAAAGUGAUCCAGUCUGAGUUGGACAAGAUUGGAUUGCCAGCCUGCAUUGAGAUGUGUAUACGUGCCCUGCGGAUGGAGUCCUGCGAGGGAGCCAACAAGGCCACCAUCUGCAAAACCAUCUCAUGCCUCCUGCCCUCUGACCUGGAAGUGAAGCGGGCCUGCCAGCUGACAGAGUUCCUCCUGGAGCCGACAGUUGACUCUUACUACGCCGUGGAGACGCUGUACAACGAGCCGGACCAGAAGCUUGAGGAGGAAAACCUUCCUAUACCCAACUCUCUACGCUGUGAUCUUUUCCUAGUUUUCAAAACUCAGUGGCCUUUUGAUCCAGAGUUCUGGGACUGGAAGACGCUAAAGCGCCAUUGUUUAGGUCUUAUGGGAGAGGAGGCAUCUAUCGUGUGCUCCAUCGACGAGCUCAACGACGAUCGCUUUGUAGAAGCGGAGCGAGAGGACUUGGACCUUGCGCCGGAGGAGUUCAAGGACGUUUUUGAAUGCUUUUUGGACACAACUAAUGAACUUAAGGAGAUAGCAGAUCAACGACAAAAAAACAGAGAAGUGAAAAAGUUGAGGGAAAAAGGAUUCGUGUCGGCUAGAUUUAGAAACUGGCAAGCUUACAUGCAAUACUGUGUGUUGUGCGAUAAAGAGUUUCUUGGACAUAGAAUAGUGCGACACGCACAGACUCACUUCAAAGAUGGGUGUUAUAGCUGUCCGAUUUGCACAGAGACGUUUGAAACGAGAGAAACUCUAGACCCGCAUGUUGCGUCACACGUAAAACUAUCUUGCAAAGAGCGCUUGGCUGCGAUGAAAACCACUAAGAAACUGACUGGUGCAAAAACUUCUGCUCCUGAUAUUGCAGCUCUGAAAAACAAAAGUGGAGAAAACCAGGCACGAAAAGCAAAAGAUAAAAACUGCAAUGGAGAGUCUGGCCAGCUGUACAAUGGAGAUGCCGUGAGCUCUCAGGUGGAGGUUACUGGAGUCAGAGUCAACGGGAGAGAGCGAAACAUUUGUCCUGUUCCAAACUGCAGAAAAGGGUUCAAGUUCUUUCGCAAUCUUCUCACCCAUGUGAAGGAUCACGGGGAUAUCGAGGAGGCAAAGCGCUUCCUCGAAUUGCAGACCACGAAGAUAGUUUGUCAGUAUUGUCGCCGUCACUUUGUUAGCGUCAGUCACCUCAAUGACCAUCUUCAGGUCCAUUGUGGCGCUAAGCCUUAUACUUGUAUUCAGUUGAACUGCAAAGCUAGCUUCGACACCAACGCUGAGCUCCUUGUGCACAGCAAAGGACAUCUGGUGUUUAAGGCCAAAUGCAUGUUUCCUGGCUGUGGAAAGAUUUUCAGCGAAGCUUAUAAACUCUACGACCACGAGGCGCAGCAUUACAAAACGUUUACUUGCAAAGUGCCUGGCUGUGGUAAAGUGUUUCACACUCAGUCUCAGUUAGAAUUGCACGAGGAGAGCCAUAACGCUAAGAAAGUGGAGACACAGACUGCCGAGAGCGACAGUGCUCAUCCUGUAGAGCCUCAGCCACACCUCUCCAGUGAACCAGCCAAGCAGGACGUUCAGCACGAUGUCCAUCCAGGGCCUCCAGUAAACUCCAGCUGCAUGAUGAGCCCUGCAGAUCACACGAGUCUGGUGAAAGUGAAGCACUCCGUUGAAAACAUGCUCAAUCCCGCUGGUCAAGGUCCCACGCAACCGUACGGCCUUGUAACGUGCAAAACCGAGCCACCUGAUCCAAGCCUUGUGCAGCAGCCGCAGAUCCCACACAUGGAGACCCAGCAGAUCCAACCUCCAGUAAACCCUCCCAUGCCUCACUUGAAUGAACCCAGACCUGAAGAUUCCUUGUUAGAUGUGUUAAUGAAUGAUCCAAUGCUCACUCCGUCAUGCCCACUUCCACCAGCACCUUCAUAUCAGAGCCUCCUAGAGGACUUCCAGCAAGCUCCGUCAGGAGAUGUUUUGCAAGCUCAGAUGGAGUCUGCUGUUUCCCAGAGUCACACCCAGCCCCUGUACACCAAUGAAAACACUGAAUAUGGGCAAUAUGAUCCCAACCCUGUAACCUCGAUUCACACACCGUACCCAGGUCCGUACGGAAACAGCAUGGUCCCCUUAACUCAGACUGCUCAUAAUGGUCCACCGGUAAUGCCCGUGUCUCAGAGGCUUCCUCCACAAGUCACCCCUUUUCCCACCAACAGACCGGUACAGCCGCUGCAGGCCAACACACUCGGUUCUGCAGUUGAGGAAAAGGACAGAUACAAAUGCGCAUAUGAAACGUGUUCUCGAGACUACAGCUCGUACAGAAGUCUAACCAAACACAUGAAAGCUGCUCACUGUGAGUUUUAUGCACAGUGGAAACUGGCAAGGAGGAACAAUAAAGUACCACCAAUCACGAGCAGAGCUGCAUCCAUGAAUGGGAAACGUGUUUCUUCAGAACCCUUACAGAACCAGCUGGGUCAGAGAACUCCUGCUCCUCUGACAUCAAUGCAGAAACCGCCCGCUCAGCCACACUACCCAGCAAGCUGUCUAAACUCAAGCUACCCCUCGGGGUCUUCUCAUUUACCCGGUCCUACUGGUCAGACUUUCCCAAACCAAAUGGACAGCAUAUUGGAUCCCAUUGUGCUCUCACAGUUAGGAAACGCUGCAAAUCAGCCUCAAAUAGCUCCUCACUCUUCGUGGAAUUCCGUCCCAAUGAACACUUCACUUCAGCAGCAGAAUUACCAUUCGCAAGCGAUGACGUCUUCUAGUGGUCAUUUCUCCUCGCAGUCACAAACCCAAGUGCCAAAUACCUAUAAUGGAGAAAUGGCCUACCCUUCUCUGCAGCAUCAGAACAAUCCCUCGUGUCGCUUCAUCCAGACCCAACCAGAUGUUACCCAAACAAUGAACAAUCCAGCCAAAAUAGGCCAUCCCAGUGAUUCUUCUCCACCUUCCUACAUUCAGCAACCAAAGACCAAUUCCGUACCCGUAGUCAAACAUACAGAGUGUGUCGUAAAAUUGGAGAGAAACCCAGAUUUGGUUCCAUCUCCUCCAAACACAUCACAACAAAGCAACCCUCCUGCAGCCAUGAACUCUCAAACUUCUCAAGACGAUACCAGCAGUUCCACACAUGAUGGCGACGUCAAAAAAAGGAAGCGAAGCAGCAGAACAAAGUGGCCUGCCAUCAUCAAAGAUGGCAAGUUCAUUUGCUGUAGGUGCUUUAGGGAGUUCCAGAGUCCUAAAUCUCUUGGAGGACAUUUGUCUAAACGUGCUGUCUGCAAACCCUACGAUGAAGCAGUUCUGUCUGCAGAUCUUCCUAGUUCGUUUCUUGAGCUUCUGAACUCUCCUCACCCAUCAGACACUCCCCAGUCCUCACCUUCUGCGCCGGUCAGCUCCAAUCAGGCUUGGCCUUCUCUGUCUAAAGGCCCUCUUGAUCCAAAAUUGUUUCCCAAUGUCACUUUUCUGAACACUAAAGCUUCCAUGUACAACAGCGACAGUAAGCCAAGCAGUGAAACCGUCCAGCAAAAUUCACCAAGUCUGGGUGAGUCUGUUGGUGCACGUCAGCAGACUUUUGCUGAAUCAUCUGUCUCUUACCCUCAAGACAGCCAAAACAGUGUGAUUCAACACACCGGAAAUAUCAAAGACAAGCUCAGUCAGCAUCAGAUGAAUUACACCCAGUCUCGCAACCCCUUCCCAAGUGAAACUGGUGCCUCAGAUCAACUUCUGUCUCGCUUGUUAACUGAAAACCAAACUUCUGACUCAAACUUCAGCAGGAGUCCCACUAAUCAUAUCGACAGAAUCCUUCAAGCCGAAACACUAAACAAGAUUAAGGAGAUUAAAGAAAAAUCUACCAUUACGAACGCUAGUGGAUUAUCCAAUGACGGGCUUCUCGCUGCCAUGGCUAGUCUUGCCCAAAAUCUGGUGUCGGAAAAGAGCGUCAAGGAAAGGCUUCGCGAGCAGAUAUUAGCUGGAGACUUCCAAAAAAGAAGCAGUUCAUGCCAAGGUCAAGGAGCUGACAACUCAAAUUUACAAAGUCCGAUGAUCGAUGUUCCGCACCACACGACGCAUGUAAUUCAGAAGGCUCUUCAAAGUAACGAGCAUAUUGUCGGAAGCGGUACUGAACCCGGUGAACGUUUCGUCCCAGCUGGAAGUGUAGUACCUGACGAGACCUCGAUACAGAUUCCCCUGGCUUGUGCUUCUCACAGCAGUGUAACAAAUGACGAUGAUGAAAUCACACAAAUUCAGAAAGCGCUUGAAAGACUGGAUCUGGAUAAGGAAAUACAAAACCAUGACCAGACUCCUCCUACCCCUCUAGAGACUGAAGGAGUAACUAGGUCCUCAGAAGCUGCAUACAGUUUUAUGGUACGAGGCUAUUCCUGCGACAGUGAUGGUUGUGGUUACAGAGCUAUGACAAAAGACGCCCUCUUCAAACAUCUCAUGAAACAGCAUAACUACACAGAUGACAUGCUAAAUCAGUGUCGGAAGGAACAGUUUAACUUUGCGCCUUUUAAUUGUCAACUCUGUCCCAAGACCUUCACACGAAACUCCAACCUCAGAACCCAUUAUCAAUCCGUUCACAAUUAUUCACAUGAGCAGGUGGUCAAGAUGGGGAUUACACGGCAAUACAGUCGAAAAUCCUUCGAGGCUGAUCAAAGUCUUUGUACCACUCCGAACAUUUCAGAUUUGCUCAAUCUAACAGUACCAAAGGUGCCCUUUGCUGGACAGCGGCAGCAUGCUGAGACCGGUACUGGUGUCCCGGGUUUGACACCUGGUGUUGGUAGCAUUAAAUCGGAUUUGAACAUUCAGCGUCCCGUUGCUUCCAUCGACUCUGGUAUCCCCGGGACUAUACAAAUAGCCCAGACAACUCCGCAGCAACUCCAGAGUCAGGCUACUAUGCAUCCAUCAGUGAUUAAGGCUGUUCCUUCUUUGCUAACCUCCUCAAGUGUGGAGCAGCAGUUAAAUCGGCCAAAUGGGUUUGUGCCAGGAUCUCUUGCACCUUCUCAGCACACCCAUGGAAUGCACUCUGGGGGUCUGUUGCCUUCUGGUGCACCAAUAACGGCCCAGACUUCUUCAGUCCCAGCACAGGCAGGUAGCCUGUCCCUAGAUAAGAAGCCCAAACUUGGAAAAACUAAAAUGCCAAAACCGAAGGAGGUGACCAAGAAGACUAAGGAGAAAAAGACAGACAUGGACGAUGUUUUUAGCCCCUAUCGGCCUUACCGCUGCGUCCAUCAGGGCUGCGUGGCUGCCUUCACGAUUCAGCACAAUUUGAUUCUUCACUAUAAAGCCGUACAUCAGUCCGCCCUUCCCAAAUUUGAAGUUAACGAAGCGGAUGACCAGAUCGAAGAGGAGGAGGAGGAGGAGGAGGAGGAGAAUAAUGAAAAUGAGGAGGAGAAUGACAUGCCUGAUGGUGAGGUCAGUGAAGUGACAGAGUUUCGCUGUCAAGUCAAAGAUUGCUCUCGAAUAUUCCAGGCCGUUACAGACCUGCUGCAGCAUUACCUUCAGCUCCAUAAACUUAGCCUUGACAGAGCAGGUGUCAUGAUGUCCGGUAUGAACCUGGGCAGGUUUCAGUGUGACCAGCCAGAUUGUGGUGCUACCUUCACUGGCUUCUGGAAGUAUGUUAACCACAUUGACAACGAACAUAAGAAGGUAAAGCUGUCCAGAACCGAGCCGGUUGAUGGAAUGUUCCAGUGUGAGGUCGAGGGUUGCGGCUGCGUUUAUACCACAAGGUCAAACUUACUGCGACACAUUAUGAAAAAACAUCAAGACCUUUACAAACUCCGACUGCUGAACUCAAGAGGGGUUAGACUUGGUCGUCCUCCAAAGAACAGUUUAGUCUCGCUUGAGAAGGAAAAUAGAGAAAUUAAUAAAAAACCUAUUCAUAAGGCGGGUGAGAAAAAGAGAAGGAAACAAAAGAACCUCUGGACGAAAUACGGAAACCCCAUCUUGAAAACGAAAGAGGAGGCCUCCGCCAUGUGCACCAAGAGGAUUCAGUUACAGUACCCUUGCAUGCUUAAAGGCUGUGAGACAGUCGCCGAAUCCGAGCGAAAGCUCAUGAAGCAUUACGUCCAGCAUGGCCUGCCGAAACAAUACCUGGAGGAGCAGAGGAGCAACUACAUCUUCUGCAAGAAAAUGCCUCGCUCCAAGUACAAACGAAUUGCGUCAAGAAGUGACGAUACCGACAAGUCUGAUGAAAGCUCUAUCGAGGCGUCUGAGAACGAGGACGCUGUGGACACCGGACCCAGCGAAUCGGAGUUCUCAAAGCCGACGUCUGAGAAGGAGAGCACCGAAGACACUGAAGUUUCCGACGCUAAAUUGUCCAGUGACCUGAGCUCGGAUAUCUCUGUGGUGGUGAAGCGAAAGAGAGGGCGUCCGCGCAAGGGGGAACGUGUCAAACACAUGCAGAUUGCACGCAAGAGAAUGACGAGGUUAAGAGCGGCGCAGACUCACUCCGUCAACUAUGCAGACAUCAACUCCGACUCCACUUCGUCCACCGCCACGCUGCCACAAGAGCAGAACGCGACGCUGAGCUCGUUCAAGCCGUUGGGCUUCGAGGUUUCCUUCCUCAAGUUCCUGGAGGAAUCGAGUCAAUCCACUGGAAAGAGGAAGAUGUCGUCUUUAACGGAUGUACACCCACACAAGAAAUUCCCAACCGUGCACCUAAAGACGGCCUCGGUGGUGUGCAGCAGGAUCAAUCCCGAUCAUCACUGCAGAGAUGUACUGAAACUUGUUGAAUUUAAGAACCCUCAGAAGCUAACUUCUCUUAGCAAGGUGACGUUCGAGGUGCACAGAGGGUUCUCAAACGUUUUCGAACUCUUGCUCAAGCAGCUGCAUGAUAUGCGACCUGCGGUGGUCAUUCAAAAAGAGGGCGUGUCCAACGUUACGGGGUAGAUCUCAGGACGGAGGAUGGAUCGAUAGCUCCAGUGUUGCUGUUUUUUGGGAUGUUAAAUGAUUAAUGAGUUCAGUGGGUUAUUAACUGUUGAUGUUUCGAUGCCCUUGACGCUGAAUAUGCUCCUGUUAACAUCUGCUAAUCCCUCGACAGGACUGUGUAUUAAACUUGUUUUUUUAAGAUGUUAAUUAAAACAGUUAAUGAUAUACCUCUUACGCAUGCCCUUAAAAAGUUAUCCGGCACAUGUGGUCGAUGUUGGAAAUGAACCCUUAGAGAAAGAUUUUAAUUGUCGCGGAUCCCUGUAGGAAUUUUAAAACGAACUAGCUUCUGUUGCGGUUGGACUGACGAUCCUGUAGUGCAGUGGUGAACUGUAGAUGGUAACCAUUUUAGUCUUGUUCAUCUUGCAUUGUAAAUUUUGAACGUCUAUAGCGUCGUGUCUGUGUGUGUGCACAUACUGACUCUCCGGAUAAUUUACUGCCACCAGCAGUCUGUACCUUAAACAACAGAGACCAAUUUAUUACAGCUUGCAUUUUCUAA